AUGACAUAUGUGAAGAGGGCGGUGUUGCCUUUGGUUUCAUUUGCCGUGCUUGUGUUGGCUGACUCAGACAUGGACAUGGAUGAAGAAAGACCCGAGUUUCAUCCGAUCAAUGCCGGAUCAAAAGCAUUUCAUUGGAUAUUGACCCUAAUUGUGUUGUUAAUAAUACCCUCAAUCAGUACUUCCUUGGCGUUUGCCAAUAGACUACAUUGGUCGCUACUUUUGCAAUACGUCUCCACGGGAUAUUCCAUUUUCGAAUCACUAUUUUUGGAUUUUCCUGACAAUAAAGACAAUCACGAAAACAGAACUUCAAAGGGCACGAGUUGUCCUACAUUGAAGUCACAAGAGUUUUAUGAUUCAACUGUAAUGAUGUUGUGGGGGGUUGUCAACACUUUCACAGAACAUCGUUGGGGACAAGAACCAUGGAAUAUGGGCGAUUACCAACAUACAGCAAUGGGUAUAAUCUGGUGGGCUGGCGGAUUAUUAGGGAUGUAUUUGUCAAGGAAUAAUCGCAGGUCAUUUGUUCCAGCCUUGUUGUUGAUUUUUACUGGUUGGUCCAUGAGUCAGCACUCACAGCAUUCGGUGCUUUCCACCAAAGUGCACGCUUUGUUUGGCAUUGCAUUGAUGAGUGCUGGAGUAACGAGGAUUAUUGAAACUGCAUUCUUACUAAAAGACAAAGCUUGUAGUGAGCUGGGAAAGAUCCUCACGUUCCAAUACCUUCCCCCAUUUGGCUUAACUUUGUCGGGUAUUUUGUUUAUGAGUGCCACGGAAGAGCAGUUACAGUUGGUUCACGAUUUGGGAUCGGAUCAUUCUGCUUACAUAUUGAUAGUCUCUGGUGCUGCGUUUUUGAUUUUCCUCUGGAUUCAAUUGUGUCUUUGGUUGUAUUUGAGGCUUGUUGGAUAUGAUGAGGAUGGAGAGCUAAACAAGCUGUAUGCACCUGUUAGCAUUGAAGAGUUUGAGUUGGGGGACAUAACUGCAGAUGAAGAGGAGGAAAAUGAUACACCGCCUGAUGAAGAGGUUAGAGAGAGUAGGUAG